AUGAAGGGGUCAAUUGUAAAAAAACAACAAAAAAGUUUUUCUAAAGUAGAUUUUUUAAUUAUUCUUUUGGGGCUUUUGGUUUAUACAUUUGAUAUUGGAACAGAUCUCUGGAUGGUAAAGAAUUUUUUGUGUGAAGGCCAGUACUUGAAAGGUAUUCUAAUAUUGCUCACGGGACUGUAUUCAUCAAUAAUUAUUCAGUUUUUCAGUUGUGCCUGGUUUAAAGAAGAUGAGAAUGAAAAGUUUCCUUGGACAUUUUAUCUAUUACAUUCUUUAAAUGGUGGAUUAUUUACAAGAUACUACUUAGCAUUAAAACAUGGAUAUGAGGCUGUAUAUAUACCAAACAGUUCCACCAACAGCAACUUAUGCUUCAAGGAAAUGGUUUAUAUAAAUAUCCUUCAGUUAUUUAAAGCCUUCUUGGAAAGCACUCCCCAGCUUAUCCUUCAGAUCUACAUUGUGAUGGUAUCUGACGACUCUACUUUUUCUCAAUAUCUUUCCAUCGCUUUGUCUUUCUGCAGCAUUUCCUGUGCAACAGUGAACUUUCAAAUAAUUUUCCGAAAAUAUCGGCCUGACAAAAAUGAAUUUAGUGGGGUAUUUUGCAAACUUAUAUAUCUUUUCUAUAAACUCAUGACAUUGACUUCUUGGAUACUUACCAUUGUCUUACUCUCAAUGUUGAACAUCAUAGGUUCUAUUGUGCUGCUAAUUUUUCUUUGGUUUGGAAAUCUAAUCUGGGUGAUAACGCAAAGAACUGAUUUUUGUAAAUUUAAAACAACAGAAUAUGUUUACAGAAUGAUUGUGGCAAUCAUUCUCAUGUUUACCUUUUUUAAUGUCAAGGGAGAAAACACGGCAAUUGUCCAGAGGGUUUAUUAUGUUUUUCGAAUAAUUAUAACUGUAAUUAUAUUGUGCAUAUGUGGGUACUGGAGAUCAUUACUUGAUGAAAAUAUAUAUUUGUCAACAUUGAUUAUUAUAGUUGUGAUCUUCCUAAUAUUAGGUAUUAUUUCUCUUAUUAUAUAUUAUAUACAUUUUCAUCCUAAUAUUCAUUGCACACAAGAUGAAAUUGAUGGACUAGGAGUAGAAAGAGAAGACCCCUGCAGAAUUAGUAAAUUUUUAAUACAAUAA